AUGGAACGUUCUGAGCACUACACUCUUGGACGUAAGGUGAAGGUAGAAUCAGAUCACAAACCUCUGGAAAUAAUCAACAAGAAAAGCCUUAUAUCUGCGCCAAAACGACUGCAACGAAUGCUCUUACGUCUGCAAAAGUUUGACUACGAAAUUGUAUACAAACGAGGACUUGAAAUGUAUCUUGCCGACACACUGAGUCGAGCCUACCUUCCUACAGUUCAACUACAGAAACAUGAUUCAGAAGAUCGAGUACUCGCAAUUACCGAUCGCUCAAAAUCGGAAAAGGAUGCUGAAUCCAUAACCAUGAGCGAGUACGCCAAUAUCUCAUCGGAUACUUUGAAAAAAAUAAAACUUGCAACUUCACAGGAUGAAAUUUUGCUAAAACUAUCCAAAACAAUCAAAGAUGGCUGGCCUGAGCGCGAUGAACUGCCACCUGACAUACAGUUCUACCAUACAUUUAGAGAUGAAUUAGUUUCUCAGGACGGACUCAUCUUCAAGGGAGACCGUAUUGUAAUUCCACUCACAUUGAAAGAUGAAAUUCUACAAAGGGUACAUUCUAGCCACAUUGGAAUCCAAGGAUGUUACCUCAGGACCAAAGAAUCUCUAUAUUGGCCGAACAUGAUGAAGGCUAUCGAAACCUACAUUAAGAAAUGUCAUGUCUGCGCUACCAUACAAGGUGAGCAAGACUUCUUUGAAAUUGACCGUCUACAUGAUAGGAAAUCAAAGGAAGUCAUAAACAAAUUCAAAGCCCAAAUGGCUAGACAUGGAAUUCCUGGUAUGCUGAUUUCAGACAAUGGACCUCCCUUCGAAAUGCCAGUUGGACAACAAAGACCUUUCUUGGCACUACUCGAUUGGAGAAACACUCCUUCAGAAAAUAUCGGAAGUUCUGCUGUCCAGAGACUAAUGGGACGUCGUACAAGAACACUACUACCAACAAAAUCUAAACUUUUGAAACCAUCCCUACCGACAAAUGUCAAAGAGCAAUUAGCAAAACGGAAAUCUCUGUCAGAGUUCUAUUAUAACCGAACAGCUAAAAACAUACCAAAGAUUAAUAUCGGGGAAACCGUGAGAAUUCGACCUUUUGGAAAGGAAAAAACCUGGACUAAGGCAAAAGUUGACGAGAAAGUUAAUAUCCGCUCAUAUCAGGUUACUACAGAGGAUGGUCGCACCUAUCGUCGAAACAGGAAACAUCUGCGGCGCAGCAAUGAGCCAUUCAUUGGGAACAACGUAGUAGACCCCCCAAACUUUGAUAAUGUGAUGACUGAUAAGCCACCAUCAGCAGAGAAUCCCAAACCAUCAGCGGAUAAAAUUACUCCCAUCAGACGCUCUACAAGACAAAUAAAAAUGCCAAAACGUUUUGAAGAUUUUAAUAUCUACAAGUGA